AUGGAGACUGUUAAGGAUGCUGCCAACUACGUCUCAGAGACCGUCCAGGGCAAAGGUGCCGAGGCUUCCAAGGAGACCAACAAAAAUGUCGCCAAGGAUUCCAACGCCAAUAUAAGCACCCGUGCCAGCGCUGCGAAAGAUGCGCUUGUUGAUAAGAAAGACGAGAAAUCCCAUGACACAAAGGCAGAUGUCCACAAGGAAUCUGCUAAGCAUUAA